UUUGCGCUCUUUCAGGAGGACUCGGGCAAACAACGCCCCUCAGCCGCCUCGGUCCUGGCCAACAUUUUAUCCACUUCCCCCGGCCUGCGCGCAGAGAAGCUGGAUCUAGCACGAAUCCACCGCGGGCCACUCACCCUGUGGGUAACUGCGGGCCGGCAGAAGCGCCCAGAUGCCAGCGGUCCCCGCCUUUGAGAGUCGACGGCAGACCGGUACUUGACUGUGGUUUGCGGGGAGACUGGCGCUGCACUGUUGAAUUCCAAAUUACGUGCAGAAUGCUGAGUCUUCUAAGCAGGACGGAUCAGACAGUACGCAGAAGCGGGCCCCUGUAAUUCUGCGACUGCGUUUUGCCAACGUGCCUCCUCCAGCUUCGCGCCAAGCCUCGGGUAGGAAGGGAGUUGGGGCCGGAGGCCAGCGCAACGGGUGGAUAGGGUCCGCGUGUAGCCCCGCGCGCCCCUGGCCAUGUCGCCUUUAACGCCCUGCCCCUUUGCGUGGCUUUCUGAGGGUUUGCACGGCAGGCCGGGGUUGCUUCCCACCCGCGCGCUCUCCCUCACCCCCAGCUAACCCCAACGGGCAAGGCUCCCCCGAGCCGAGACCUUUUGACUCUGCUCCCUCGCUUCCGCCUCCGCCCUCGCCCGGGGGUGGCUCUCGAGAGCCGGACCUCGCCGGCCCCGGCUGGGACCAUGGUGUUUCUCUCUGGAAAUGCCUCCGACAGUUCCAACUGCACCCACCCGCCCGCACCGGUGAACAUAUCCAAGGCCAUUCUGCUCGGGGUGAUCUUGGGGGGCCUCAUAAUUUUCGGUGUGCUGGGCAACAUCCUCGUGAUCCUCUCCGUGGCCUGCCACCGGCAUCUGCACUCGGUCACUCACUACUACAUCGUCAACCUGGCGGUGGCCGACCUACUACUCACCUCCACCGUGCUGCCCUUCUCAGCUAUCUUCGAGAUCCUGGGCUACUGGGCCUUUGGAAGGGUCUUCUGCAACAUCUGGGCGGCGGUGGACGUCCUGUGCUGCACCGCGUCCAUCAUGGGACUCUGCAUCAUCUCCAUCGACCGCUAUAUAGGUGUGAGCUACCCGCUGCGCUACCCCACCAUCGUCACCCAGAAGAGGGGUCUCAUGGCUCUGCUCUGUGUCUGGGCCCUCUCCCUCGUCAUCUCCAUCGGGCCUCUCUUUGGCUGGAGGCAGCCGGCCCCGGAGGACGAGACCAUCUGCCACAUCACUGAGGAGCCCGGCUACGUGCUCUUCUCGGCGCUGGGCUCCUUCUACGUGCCACUGACCAUCAUCCUGGUCAUGUACUGCCGGGUCUACGUGGUGGCCAAGAGGGAAAGCAGGGGCCUCAAGUCUGGCCUCAAGACCGACAAGUCGGACUCGGAGCAGGUGACGCUCCGCAUCCAUCGGAAAAAUGUCCCCGUAGGAGGCACCGGGGUGGCCAGCGCCAAGAACAAGACGCACUUCUCCGUGAGGCUCCUCAAGUUUUCCCGGGAGAAGAAAGCGGCCAAAACACUGGGCAUCGUGGUCGGCUGCUUCGUCCUCUGCUGGCUGCCUUUUUUCUUGGUGAUGCCCAUUGGGUCUUUCUUCCCUGAUUUCAAGCCCUCAGAAACAGUUUUUAAAAUAGCAUUUUGGCUCGGAUACCUAAACAGCUGCAUCAACCCCAUUAUAUACCCGUGCUCCAGUCAAGAGUUUAAAAAGGCCUUCCAGAAUGUCUUGAGAAUCCAGUGUCUCCGCAGAAAGCAGUCUAAACAUACCCUGGGCUAUACCCUGCACCCUCCCAGCCAUGCCGUGGAGGGGCAGCACAAGGACCUGGUGCGCAUCCCAGUGGGAUCAGGAGAGACCUUCUAUAAGAUCUCCAAGACGGAUGGGGUCUGUGAAUGGAAAUUUUUCUCUUCAGUGCCCCGUGAAUCUGCCAGGAGUACAGUGUCCAGAGACCAGUCAGCCUGCACCACAGCCCGGGUGAGAAGUAAAAGCUUUUUGCAGGUGUGCUGCUGUGUGGGGCCCUCGACCCCCAGCCAUGGAGAGACCCACCAAGUUCCAACCAUUAAGAUCCACACCAUCUCCCUCAGUGAAAAUGGGGAGGAAGUCUAAAGGACAGGAAAGAUCAGAAGGAAGGGGGUGGGGGGGGAAUGAUCUUAGGCACCCACCCCACUUCCUACUUGGAAGGCCAGUUCACUCUUCCUGGAUGACAAGACAGGACCAGGGACCAGGGACCAUCUGGGAAUGGGGUGGGGGAAGAGACCCGACUCUGGGGCAGUGGGUAGAGCUCAGGGAAGAAGGAGGAUAUCACACAACCAUCCGGCUGCAAAUGAUGAUAAACAGCAUUUCCUUGAGGCUAAUGCUCUCGCGGUCAUCCUCUGAGGCCGCUUUCCACGUCUGGCCCUUGCAACGAAAAACACCAUGGGAAACAGAAUGUCAUACACAAUCCAAAAGACUAUAAAUAUAAGGUUAUGAUUUCAUCAUGAAUAUUUUGAGCACACUAAGUUUGGAGCUAUUUCUUGAUGGAGUGAGGGGAUUUUAUUUUCAGGCUAAAUUUACUGACAGCCACGUUGGAUAUUUACGAGGAGAGGGCCUGGAGAGGAAGAGCCUUAAGAUGGUGGCCAAUAUGCAGGCACAUUAUUUUUAGAGCACAUUUUAAACUCCACCAUUUCUGACCAUAUCCAGUUUCUUAACUUGGGUGCAACUUGACAGUGAGAUCUACCUUUUGCUGCCAUUUCACCAGCUCCUGCUCCCGAUUCCCUAAAGAUGAGGGUGAGGGGCCCUCAUGAUGCAUCGGAACUAGUGGAGGCACCUCUGUGCUUGGGUCUAGACAGUCGGGGAAAAGAUGGCUUUUCCUGAUGGGAGACAGGAGGGGUGAGGGUCGUUCUUUUUUUUCAACUUUCCUGCUACAGAAAAAAUUCCAGUAAGCGGUUCCAAGAUCAAAGGGAGGAAGGCUUCUUGUGAAACAUAUUUAAAUAUCAAGGGUUUGGGGUGGGGUGGGGCGGGUGCUAAUUUCAUGCUAAGAGGCUGCAAACUUCCUGCACAGCUGUUUCGAUGUGGCCUAGAAAGGCUUUUCUUGGCAAAUCGCUUACCUUUUCCA